GCGAAGCGGCCUGGUACAGGAGAGGAAGCCUUACCGAAGGAAAAAAGAAGCAGGCCAGCGGGGUCUGGUCUUGCGGAAGGUUCAUUUGCCAUGGCAGUGUAUUUCGACCAUCGGAUAGAAGCCCCGAACCCUGCAGCAUCCCCUUUGAACAUAUCUUGGCACAGUCAACAUGCUCUGCUGGCUGUGGCUUCUAUCAGCUCGUUGACAGGAGGUUGUGUGGACGUUUACAGUGAACUGGGUGAACAUGUCACUGGUUCACAUGUGGAGAGGUCUUACCAGCCUACUUUGCUUACCUGGCACCCAACAAAACAUCUUCUUGCCAUGGGCUGGGUCAUGGGAGAGGUGAUCAUUUUUAACGAGCAGGAUAAAGAGUUUCACACAAUGCCACCAACACACGGCGCAGAGAUCACAUUGCUGGUGUGGAGCGUAAACAACAGCCGUCUGCUUACUGGAGACUUGAACGGUCUGCUGAUUGUAUGGAGAUUGGAUCAGCGAGGUCGUGUUCAGGGUGCCCCCUUACUGAAGUUGGAAUACCACAAGUCAUUGACUCACUGCAUCUUUAAACCAGUA